AUGGCAUCAUCAGACAACGUUCCUCGUCGCUUGUCAAGAACCGAGAGUGAAUUGAAGAAAAGAGCAUUCCGCGACUAUGCCAGAUCCAAGUUUGAUGAUCGCAAAGAUCGUCGACUCGGCUUGCCACACCUAAACGUGGUAAAGGUUGAAGAAAGCCGAAUCAGCAAGAUUAGGGAGAGAUUUAAAGCCAAGCCACAGAAGGCUACACUACUCGAGAAUGUCGCAAAGUCACGGACAGAAUUAAUUCGGCAUUUGUCCACACGGACUAAGAAACGCAGUCCAAUAUAUGAAGAAACAGCAGAAGACAAUGAUGGGCAAGGGAAAGAGACGAAAGCGCUGGUGGAUAAGAUAAAAGUGUUGGCAAAUCAGGUAAAAGAGCCAGUAGAUGAGAUAAAAGAGCUAUUGGGUAAGGUGGAAGAGUCAACAGAUGAGGCAAAUGCGUCGAUGAAUAACGCAAAAGAGCUGAUGGAUAGGGUCAGAACUCUAGCACAAAAAGUGACACAGCCGGCGGAUAAGGCAAAAGAGUUGGUGGAUACGGUGGAAGAAUUGGGCGAUCUGGUAAAAGAGCCACUGGAUGAGUUCAAAGUCGGCAUCAUGUAUUUCAAGAAAGAAAACGACAGGCAAUGGCGAGGUGAGCAGUAUGAGGACAUCGACUCGUCCUCGGGGGAGUUUCCUAACCAAAAGGUCAAAUUGGACACCAUACUGUCCAACACCGUCAAAAAUCGCAAACUCUUUGAACGCGACGAAGAAAGCAUCAAAUAUUUCCACUUUCCGGCCAACCACAUGGAGUGGAUAGAGACAGCGAUAACAAGAUACUAUGACGUGAACAGAAUUCCCACAGAAGAUCCUGAAGAGAAUGAGAACCAACUGCUAUCUUUUGAGCACUGGCGAGGGCAGUUACAUGGUUCUGGCAUAGGAAAGGAUUUGUUCCACCUGCGGCAUAUGAGGCCUCGAUGCGCCCAUGUUUCAGACCACACGGAUCACAAUGCUCCAUCUCACAUCUCUCUCUUUCUCCCAUAUCUACACUGGGAAACUAAUCGAAGGCGGGCAAAGAUGGUGCAAAUAGUCCAGGAGCUUGUCGAAGAUAAUAAGGCUUCUCUGAACUCCCAAUUUCUCGAGGCUGCGAGAGAAAAAGCUCACUGUCUCCCUGAAAAGUUUGAUCGUGGAAAUAUUAAAAACAAAGUCGCAAGAUAUCUUUAUGACAUAGCCCAGGUCUGGGAUGCCAUGGAUUAUGACGCAGAUGAACGGUUACUUCGGCAGAGCUUUUCUGAAACAAAGCAGGAUGCCGUCACGGCUAGACCACUUGAUGCGAAAUGGGAGCCUCCUCUGCACAUUCGUCGAACGCUGGACCAGUCAUAUUUCUCUGUCGUUGAAGAUACAGUAGACAGAGAUACAGACCAAGUAGUCUAUCGACAAACAAGAGCCAGGAAAGAAAUGCAUGAAAAGCAACAAGAAAACGAAAAAGCAGCGACGAGUUCCACUAGUAUUAAUACGAUUUCUCCGCACACUCGACACGUUGAGUCUACCGCCGUUUCACGUACACUUGGCACUGGGCCUGAAAGUACUACUAGCUCAGGCACAGCUACCCAAAAGAAAAAGAAGAUGACAAAAUUGGUCGGAGUUACUCGAGUCGUUAUGGUUGACCAAUUGUGGAUGUGGAUCCUUGGAGAGGACACAAUCAUCACGUCUUUUCCACGCCGUUGGGGGAGAAACAAACCUGAUUCCUCCGGUGUUCAUAAGAGCCUCCGGCAGAUUCUUGGAAAGAAGAAGCGCAUUCGAUCCAUCUAUCAUCUUGCUACUCUCAUCAUUGAUCAGUGUUCAAAAGUAUUCUUUGACAGGACACAGCCAACAGAUGACCGCCCAGAGGUGAUGGAUCUGUUUGCUCAAGCGAUUGGGACUGUGGCCUACAACACCACAUCAGCCUACAGUCUUUUCUGGGCCAACGUCAGUCUUCAAUCAUCGAGCAUGAAAAGGGAGGAAAAGCACAAGACUGGUGUCAAAGAGUGGUUAAAACGUCACUUGGGAAUUAACCCAGAGCGCCCCAAGGGCCGUAACCGAGACUCGUUCAGAUACCUGAACAUCAAUCCAGAGGGUGUCCUGCUGAAAGAGUCGCAGGAUAUUACAGACGAACUAAAUAUGAUGGAGCGCAUCUAUAAACAGCAAUUAACUGUUGUGAAUGAGCUGCACAAGCACAUAAAGAGCAGACACGACAAGGUUCAGAGUGCAGAGAAGAGUAGACUCGAAAAGGCUCAGAGUACAGAUAAGAGUAGACACGACGAGGUUCAGAGCGCAGAUAACUGGUUAUCCUGUACUUCAGAGGACCUGGGAGAAGCCUUCAAUUUGGCGGAGAAGGUACAGAAUCGCAUUGACGAAAUAGCCGAUUUUCAAAAAGCUGUGACUCGCACAACUGAGCAGCUCCAAGCACUUCUGUCGCUUAAGCAGCAAGAAGCUAGCAUUGUUGAAGCCCGGAUUGCGCUAGAACGAGCAGACGAAAGCGUUCAGCAAGGCCGCGCCAUCAUGGCAUUCACAAUCGUCACGAUCUUUUUCUUACCGCUUGGGUUUUUCACCGGUUUCUUUGGGAUGAAUAAUUCUGUGUCGACCGGUAAUGAUUGGAUGAGUAUGAGGGAGCAGAUUAUGUAUAUGUUUGUGAUAUCUGCCGCCGUAAUCUCAGUCGUUCUUAUUGUGGCAUUCCGGUGGGGGUCCGACAAGCCUAACAAACGAGUCUCUUUAGACGAUGCGAUAGAUAGACACAACAAAGAGCAAGAGAACAAGCGCAAAAACAAUAGCCAAAGUGGCUAUACUGAUACUGGACGGAUGAACGACGGGGCUGAGGGGCCUCUCUGGCGAAGACACAAACCAGAUACAUCAAAGGUGUAAUAAACAGCCUCUAUGUCACAUGGAUUAUAUGUAGUCAGUUAUUGAUCGAGUUAUUUGACAAUGC